UCUCUGAGGGUUCUUGCCUCAAUCCCAGAAGUUCCCUGCUGGUAACCUUAUCUCAUCAUCCUUUGGGUGAUUAUGACUUUAAAGUACUUCAAAGGUCUACCCUAAUAUCAUUACUAUCAUGGGAAACUCAACUAGUCUUAUUCCGAAUAAAAGCAUCCAGAUGCUCCCAUGUAAAGCUACUCCGGCCUCUGAUCCAUCUUCCCUUAGAUACCGCUCCUCUAGGUUGUAACGAGACUGGGAAAAACCGUAAAGGCCGGAUAAGUAGCAAAUGUACCUUACAUCAGCGUCAGGUAGACCCUAAGACCGGGAGAACUUAUGAACCUUUACUAACCAGUAUUGCUAAUGUGCUAACUUGUGGAUUGUACGUGACUCAUCAUAAUAACCCACUGUUAAUUCCUAUUGCGUUGAAACUAGCAGCGUUGCCUCAUUGCAUAUUAUGCAUGAGUAUUUGUCCCUAUAAUGAGGCAUAUCCGAAGCAG